AUGCAGAUUCGUCAGACCAUCCUAUCCCUUUUCCUCAUUUUCAACAUCGCGCAGGCCCUGCCCAUCUCGGCCACCGCUCCGGUGACUGACAUCGACAAGAGGGCCAAUACCAAGGGCGGCGGCGGCGAAAACAUCAAUAUCCAAAAGCAGGAGAAGCAGGACGCCAAGGCCGUCGGCAAGGCGGAGAAGGGAACCACGGCGCAGUUUGACAAGGCCAAGGGCACGCUCCUCAAUACCAUUGACGAUGGAGAGAAGGUCCGCGAGAAGAACCAGAAGAAUGCCGACAAGAACAACAAGGGUCUCGUCGCUGGUCUGGAUAAGGUCCAGAAUGCACAAGAGACGGAACAGAAGCUGGCAGAGAGCCUCACGGGCGGCAACUCCAAGUCCGACAAGAAGACCCUCAAGACCCUCCAGUCAGACUUCAGCUCGGGUAUCAAGCAAAACGAGGAGAACGAGAAGCUUGCCAAACAAGGAAGCAAAGGCAAGAAGGGUAACUAA